AUACUCCUCUCCCCAAACCAUCCAUCUUGUCUCAGACCAGUUAAACUCAAAGUAUAACACACCCCCCCCCUCCACUACCUUCCACCCACCAGUUCACCACAACCAUGACAUCUCGCCCACAAACACCACCACACCAGGACCCGAUGGCCCGUCCCGCACCAACCACAACCUCUCUCACCGUCCCUCUCCCAUCCUCUCGCAAAAAAGGAACAGGGGUCCGACCCUGGCUCUUAUUAGACUCAACAGGCCAGGCCCAGGUAGUGGAAGUUGGUAAGCACGCCAUCAUGCGCCGAACUGGCCUUCCUGCUCGUGACCUUCGGAUCCUUGACCCGUUACUUUCUUACCCAUCUACUGUUUUGGGUCGAGAGAGAGCGAUUGUUAUUAAUUUGGAGCAUAUUAAGGCGAUUAUUACAGCACAAGAGGUUUUGUUGUUGAAUUCUAGAGACCCUUCUGUUACUCCAUUUGUUGGAUUUCUUAUGUGAGUUUGCUUUUCACAUUUUGAGGAUUGCAAUGAGGGAAUUAAGGACGAAGGGAAACAGGGUUUCGAGAAUCGAGAUGGAUCAAAGGUUCUUCCAUUUGAGUUUGUUGCAUUGGAAGCAUGCCUUGAGGCAGCGUGCAGUUGCUUAGAAAGUGAAGCAAAAACACUGGAGCAAGAGGCGCAUCCAGCGUUGGAUAAGCUGACUUCAAAGAUCAGUACUCUCAAUUUAGAACGUGUCCGCCAGAUUAAAAGUCGUUUGGUUGCAAUAACUGGCCGAGUUCAAAAGGUUAGGGAUGAAUUAGAACACUUGCUGGAUGAUGACGAAGACAUGGUGGAGUUGUAUCUGACAGAAAAGCUGGUUCAGCAACAGCUUGAAGAUUCUUCAACUUCCUCUUUAAAUGAGGGAAAUGACAUGGAUGAUGAUGAGCUUCAAGCAGACUCAGAUGACAGCAUCCCUGCUGAGGUGUCAUUGGGAGCCCUUGCUAGCCACAAGGAUGAUUUUAACAACAUUGAUAAUGAACAUGAUCAUCUGUUUACUGCACCUAAUGGACUUGGCAGAUACAGCCAUACCCAUACUAGUACAACUCGAAGUGCUAUAAGCAAGCAUCUCAAUGUAGAGGAGCUAGAAAUGCUCCUGGAGGCGUACUUUGUACAAAUUGAUGGCACAUUGAACAAAUUAUCCACGCUGAGGGAGUAUGUUGAUGACACAGAGGACUACAUCAACAUUAUGCUGGAUGACAAACAGAAUCAUCUCCUGCAAAUGGGGGUUAUGUUGACAACAGCAACCUUAGUGGUGAGCUGCUUUGUUGUCGUCGUUGGUAUCUUCGGCAUGAAUAUCAAAAUCGCACUUUUCAAAGAAGACGUACAAACAGGAAUGCCAAAGUUUCUAUGGACUCUUGCUGGUGGCACUAGUGGGGUCAUAUUUUUGUACGUGAUUGCCAUUGCCUGGUGCAAGCACAAGCGGCUGUUAGAAUAAAGCAAAACUACGAGCGGCUGUUGUAUAAUAUAUAGUUAUUUACUCUGAAUACGUUAAUGUAGUAUUUUUACCACGCAGUUGUCAAACCACUUUGCUUGUCAAGGUUGGCCUAGCUCUUCAUGGAAAUUUAAAGGUUGAAUGAUACGACAUAUCACUUUACUUCUCUCGGCAA